AUGUCCAACAGACUAGAUUCGCUCAAUCCAAAGAAAUCGGGUUCCAAGCCCGCACUCAAGUUCAAGCCCAAGGUGGUGGCAAGAAAAUCAAAAGAAGAUAGAGAGAAAAAUGCUCCUAUAGUGAAAACAGAAGAGAAACCAAGCCCACCACCAACUAGGGGACGUGGAGGUGCCAGAGGCCGUGGUAGAGGAAGAGGUGGAGCUUAUGUGGGUACUCAUUUAGUCUCAUCAGGCCCAUUAGCUUCGUCUGCCGUGGGCAGUGGUCCAGUCGCUACAUCGAAAACAGGUUUGACUAGUGAUAAGAUCUACGGAGCUGGAGGCAAAGAGCAGUCUGAUCCUUUACAAAACUUGAAGUUGAAGAGUCGAACCCAAAGUGAUUCUGUUCAGGGCGAAGAUUCCGAUGACGAGGGUGGUCUCACGAAGAUCAACAUGAGUAAAGAGUACCAAUUUGACGAAAGCGAGACAGUACUUUUCCCUGUGAGACCCUACAAAGAUGAGGAGAAAGCUGCAGCUAAGGCAGCAAUUCCCCUUUCAUCCACUGUUUCAGCUUCCUCUUCUAGGGCACCUUCACGCACACCCAAACCUGAGUUGGUCAAGAGUGAAUCGUCCGAAGACAUCAAGAUAGAAGCUACACCAGGCCCAGUUGCAGAACGUGUUGGUGACACAGUUGAAAAUGAUGAGCAUGAUAGGCUCAUUGAUGAUCAACGUGCUAUUGUUGACUUGGUCACAGGUAAAUUUGCAGGACUUAAAGCUGAAGAUUCAGGAGCAAGAGCGCCAGACAAUUAUUUCAUGGUCCAUCUACCCCAAAUCAGCAAGGACAAGGAAAAUGACGAGAAGAUGGAAACUGAUACGACAACCUCAAGCCUAGCUCUCCCUACGUUGGCGGACUUUCAGGGCCAAAUUGGACAGCUCAACUUCCACAGAUCGGGUAAGAUCACUAUGUCCAUUGGAGCAAAUACUACGCUAAAUGUUGCUCAGGGUGUUCCUUCGAGCUUCCUUCAGGAGCUCUAUGUCAUCGAAGCUGCAGACAAACCGAAGGAUGAUGAUGAAGAGGUUUUGGACGAAAGGGGCCAGAAAAUCGCCGGCAAUGUCCACAGAUUGGGUGAAGUAACCGCGAAGCUAGUGGCAACUCCUGAAAUUAGAUAG